AUGAGGAUCUCAACUCUCCUCCUCACCUUCUCCACCUGCGUCCUUGCAGAAGAUGGCUUGGACGGUUGGCUCCGUUAUGCUCCCCUGCCAGCCCACAGCAUCUCUAGCCAUGCCAAAUCCUUGCCACGCAAGAUUCGCGUCAUCGGCGGCUCCAAAAACAGCCCACUAGGAAGUGCCGUGUCUGAGCUGCAGAAGGGCUUCAGCGGCAUUCUCGACAUUGAUCUGAAGACGGCAGACAGCAAGAAGACUUGCGAUUUCGCAAAGACUAUUGUUGUUACCACUGUGGACAACCUCGACAAGGCAUGCGGCAAGCAGAAGCACCCUGAGCUUGAAGAUGACGGAUACUGGCUCAGCACAUCCGAUAACUCUGUCAAGAUCAUUGGCCAGAAUGAACGUGGUGCUCUCUACGGUGCUUUCGAGUACCUUUCGAUGCUCGGCCAGGGCAACUUCAAGCAUGUGGAGAAAGCUUCCAACCCCAGUGCGCCCAUUCGCUGGGCUAACCAGUGGGACAACCUCAAUGCCAGCUCGACCCACGGUUCCAUCGAGAGAGGUUACGGAGGCCCUUCCAUCUUUUUCGACGGUGUCAAGAACGUUCGAAAGGAUCUUUCCCGGGUUCCUCUUUUCGGCCGUCUUCUUGCAUCUAUCGGCAUCAAUGCCGUUGUGAUCAACAACGUCAAUGCUGACGUGCGUCUCUUCAACAAGGAGAAUCGAGAUGGUCUCGUUGAGAUCGCCGAUCUCCUUCGACCUUGGGGUGUCCAAGUCGGUCUUUCGCUCAACUUUGCUUCCCCCAACGUGACCGGCGAUUUGGAUACUUUUGAUCCUCUCGACAAGAAGGUCAUCAAAUGGUGGCAUGAUCUGACUGAUGGACUCUAUGAGCGCAUCCCCGACAUGGCCGGUUACCUGGUCAAGGCCAACUCUGAGGGCCAGCCUGGUCCUCUAACCUACAAUCGCACACUGGCCGAUGGCGCCAACAUGUUCGCCAAAGCCCUCGAACCUCACGGAGGAGUCGUCAUGUUUCGAGCUUUCGUCUACGACAAGCUUGACUGGACCGAUUGGAAGGCGGACCGUGCCAAUGCUGCUGUUGAGUUCUUCAGUGAGCUCGACGGUAAGUUCGACGACAACGUUGUGGUGCAGAUCAAGUACGGUCCCAUCGACUUUCAAGUCCGAGAACCUGUCAGCCCUCUUUUCGCACACCUUCGAAACACCAACAGUGCUAUCGAGCUCCAGAUCAGCCAGGAGUACCUUGGACAGCAGUGCCAUCUUGUCUAUCUGCCUCCUCUGUGGCGAACGAUCCUUGACUUCGAUAUGCGCAUCGAUGGUAAGAAGUCCAACGUCCGCGACAUCGUUUCCGGAAAGGUCUUCAAGCGCAAGCUUGGUGGUUAUGCCGGUGUUACCAACGUCGGACUUGACAAGAACUGGUUGGGAAGCCAUCUAUCCAUGUCCAACCUCUACGCCUUCGGUCGCAUGGCUUGGAACCCUCAGUCUGACCCCCAGGAGAUCCUCGAGGACUGGACUCGCUUGACCUUUGGCCUUGACAACAAGGUCCGAAAGGCCAUCACUGAGAUGUCCAUGAAGUCUUGGCCUGCGUAUGAGAACUACUCUGGCAACCUCGGUAUCCAGACUCUGACCGACAUCCUCUAUGCUCAUUAUGGACCCAACCCUCGUUCGCAAGACAACAACGGUUGGGGUCAGUGGACAAGAGCCACACGGGACCAUAUCGGCAUGGACCGAACUGUCAAGAACGGAACUGGUAACGCUGGACAAUACCCUUCUGAGGUCGCCGAGCGAUAUGAGAACCCUGAGACAACCCCAGAUGACCUGAUGUUGUGGUUCCACCACGUCCCUUACACCCACAAGCUCCACUCUGGCAAGACUGUUAUUCAGCAUUUCUACGACGCCCACUACAAGGGAGCCGACACAGCCCAGACCUUCCCCAAGCUUUGGAAGUCGCUCAAGGGCAAGGUUGACGAGGACCGUUUCAAGCACGAGCUGUUCAGAUUGAACUACCAGGCUGGCCACUCCAUUGUCUGGAGAGAUGCCAUCAACGAAUUCUACCGCAACCUCUCUGGCAUUGCCGACACUCAUGACCGAGUUCGAAACCACCCUUACAGAAUCGAGGCUGAGAAGAUGGAUCUGGACAACUACCACCCCGUCAACGUCACUCCCAGUGAAACAGCCUCAAAGUACGUUGCAGUGUACACAAACGGUACGGGUACAGCCACAACCAAGCUCAACUUCAAGAAGGGUACAUACAACCUUGCCGUGAACUACUACGACAUCGUCGAUGGUAAGUCCACCUGGUCUGUAUACCUCAACAAGCGAUUGGUUGGCAAGUGGACUGGCGACAAUGAGGAGAAGCUUGGACACUGGCCUAGCGAGUUCCUCGAUGGCCACUCUGCUGCUCGGUUGACCUUUGAGGGUGUCAAGAUCAAGCCUGGUGAUGAAUUGACUAUUAUUGGAAAGGCUGAUGGUAAGGAGACGGCUGCGUUGGACUAUAUUUCAGUCUUGCCUGAGGGUAUUGUGGAUUAA